ACUCCGGAGACUCCGUCUGCGUUUUUAUUACUUAAUCUGGCUGGGUUUGGCUGCAGGGAGGCUCGUGGAUUUGCUGGCCGGGUGUGCUGGAAGGCAGUUUAUUCACAGAAUAAGCAGCUUCCCACGCUGGACCCCGAGCCCCAGGCGCCGUCCGCGUAGACCCCGCGCCGCGCACCGCGGCCGCCGGGGGGCGCUCGGGUCGCACCGAGAGCAGCGCGGGCAGCCAGCGCCGGGUCGCAGCCGACCCGCAGAGCCCUUCGCGCCCUCCGAGGAAACAAAGUGCAUCUUUGUCCGCGGCCCGAGGCGCCGCGUGGGAGACGCUGGGCAGGGGCCAGGCCGGGCCGGCCGCCGCCGCGUGCGGGGACCCUGGGCGCGCGUCACUGACCCGGGACUCAGACCCUCGCGGGCCUGGCGCGGACGGGAGGAAGCGGGCUGUGGCGCGCGGCCGAGCUGGCAGCCCUCCCACUCCGAGCACGGCUCGGGACCCGCACUGGCUCCUGCCGGGCCGCGGCGCUUCACGCGCCGUCACCGGGGCCCGUGCACUCCGCUUUCCGGGCUGGCGACGGGGCGGGAAGGGGGCAAGCGGGAGCCUGCGGGGGGGUGCUGGGGACUUCGGCUUGGCUGGGCCGCCUUUGAGUCGCCUGUCGGCCGGGCGGUGCCCGCCUUCGCUUUCGGUGCCGUCCCGGGGCGGGUCCUCGCUCCGACAGCCGCGCGCCAGCCCAGCUCAGCCCCGGCGCCGCGCGGCCGGGAGGACUCCAGCUCCCAGCAGGCCCCGCGCCGCGAGCACCGAGGCAGGAGGCGCGCCUGGGCCGGCGCUUGCGCAGUGCGGCCGCCCGAGCCUGCUAGUACCACACCCCCGGGAGGGACUGAGGGGAGGCAGAAGCAUCCGAGGCAUUAAAGCAUCCGAGGGAGCCGGAGGGGAGGAGAAUGGAGUGACAGAGACACGCGGAGGGUGGGGGGUGGGGGGGAGCGUGUUGAGGGAGGGGGGAGGGGGUACACAGAGGGAGGAAGAAGCGGCGGCGGCGGCGGCGGCGGCUCCUCUUUGCAGAGGGGGAAACUCUUGGGCUGAGAGCAGGAAUAAUGCGGUAGGCAAAGCGGGCUGCUGGCUCCCCCGGCUCCGGCAGCAGCGGCGGCAGCCCGAGCAGCGGCAGCAGCAGCGGCAGCACCCCAGGCGCUGACAGCCCCGCCGGCCGGCUCCGUUGCUGACCGCCGACUGUCAAUGGAGCUGGAAAACAUCGUGGCCAACACGGUCUUGCUGAAAGCCAGGGAAGGGGGCGGAGGAAAGCGCAAAGGGAAAAGCAAGAAGUGGAAAGAAAUCCUGAAGUUCCCUCACAUUAGCCAGUGUGAAGACCUCCGAAGGACCAUAGACAGAGAUUACUGCAGUUUAUGUGACAAGCAGCCAAUCGGGAGGCUGCUUUUCCGGCAGUUUUGUGAAACCAGGCCUGGGCUGGAGUGUUACAUUCAGUUCCUGGACUCCGUGGCAGAAUAUGAAGUUACUCCAGAUGAAAAACUGGGAGAGAAAGGGAAGGAAAUUAUGACCAAGUACCUCACCCCAAAGUCCCCUGUUUUCAUAGCCCAAGUUGGCCAAGACCUGGUCUCCCAGACGGAGGAGAAGCUCCUGCAGAAGCCGUGCAAAGAACUCUUUUCUGCCUGUGCACAGUCUGUCCACGAGUACCUGAGGGGAGAACCAUUCCACGAAUAUCUGGACAGCAUGUAUUUUGACCGCUUUCUCCAGUGGAAGUGGUUGGAAAGGCAACCGGUGACCAAAAACACUUUCAGGCAGUAUCGAGUGCUAGGAAAAGGGGGCUUCGGGGAGGUCUGUGCCUGCCAGGUUCGGGCCACGGGUAAAAUGUAUGCCUGCAAGCGCUUGGAGAAGAAGAGGAUCAAAAAGAGGAAAGGGGAGUCCAUGGCCCUCAACGAGAAGCAGAUCCUCGAGAAGGUCAACAGUCAGUUUGUGGUCAACCUGGCCUAUGCCUACGAGACCAAGGAUGCACUGUGCUUGGUCUUGACCAUCAUGAAUGGGGGUGACCUGAAGUUCCACAUCUACAACAUGGGCAACCCCGGCUUCGAGGAGGAGCGGGCCUUGUUUUAUGCGGCAGAGAUCCUCUGCGGCUUGGAAGACCUCCACCGUGAGAACACCGUCUACCGAGAUCUGAAACCUGAAAACAUCCUGUUAGAUGAUUAUGGCCACAUUAGGAUCUCAGACCUGGGCUUGGCUGUGAAGAUCCCCGAGGGAGACCUGAUCCGCGGCCGGGUGGGCACUGUUGGCUACAUGGCUCCAGAGGUCCUGAACAACCAGAGGUACGGCCUGAGCCCCGACUACUGGGGCCUUGGCUGCCUCAUCUAUGAGAUGAUUGAGGGCCAGUCGCCGUUCCGCGGCCGCAAGGAGAAGGUGAAGCGGGAGGAGGUGGACCGCCGGGUCUUGGAGACGGAGGAGGUGUACUCCCACAAGUUCUCCGAGGAGGCCAAGUCCAUCUGCAAGAUGCUGCUCACGAAAGAUGCGAAGCAGAGGCUGGGCUGCCAGGAGGAGGGGGCUGCAGAGGUCAAGAGACACCCCUUCUUCAGGAACAUGAACUUCAAGCGCUUAGAAGCCGGGAUGUUGGACCCUCCCUUCGUUCCAGACCCCCGCGCUGUGUACUGUAAGGACGUGCUGGACAUCGAGCAGUUCUCCACUGUGAAGGGCGUCAAUCUGGACCACACAGACGACGACUUCUACUCCAAGUUCUCCACGGGCUCUGUGUCCAUCCCGUGGCAAAACGAGAUGAUAGAAACAGAAUGCUUUAAGGAGCUGAACGUGUUUGGACCUAAUGGUACCCUCUCGCCAGAUCUGAACAGAAACCACCCUCCGGAACCGCCCAAGAAAGGGCUGCUCCAGAGACUCUUCAAGCGGCAGCAUCAGAACAAUUCCAAGAGUUCGCCCAGCUCCAAGACCAGUUUUAACCACCACAUAAACUCAAACCAUGUCAGCUCAAACUCCACCGGAAGCAGCUAGUUUCGGCUCUGGCCUCCAAGUCCACAGUGGAACCAGCCCAGACCCUUCUCCUUAGAAGCGGAAGUAGUGGAGCCCCUGCUCUGGUGGGGCUGCCAGGGGAGCCCCCCGGGAGCCGGUGAAGGAGGCCGUCCAUCCCGUCGACGUAGAACCUCGAGGUUUCUCAAAGAAAUUUCCACUCAGGUCUGUUUUCCGAGGCGGCCCCGGCCGGGGUGGAUUGGAUUUGUCUUUGGUGAACAUUGCAAUAGAAAUCCAAUUGGAUACGACAACUUGCACGUAUUUUAAUAGUGUCAUAACUAGAACUGAAUUUUGUCUUUAUGAUUUUUAAAGAAAAGUUUUGUAAAUUUCUCUACUGUCUCAGUUUACAUUUUGUAUAUUUGUAUUUAAAUGAAAGUGAGACUUUGAGGGUGUAUAUUUUCUGUGCAGCCACUGUUAAGCCAUGUGUUCCAAGGCAUUUUAGCGGGGAGGGGGUUAUCAAAAAAAAAAAAAAAAUGUGACUCAAGACUUCCAGAGCCUCAAAUGAGAAAAUGUCUUUAUUAAAUGUAGAAAGUGAUCCACA